GUUAAGAGCUAACCACAUAAAUUAACUCUGGUUGAGAAAUAAAAACAAGUGGUCAACAAGCAUCACCACGAAAUCAAGAUUUUUAUCAUCAUCAAUAUCAUCAUCAUCACUCAAACAAAAACCAAACCAUUCUUGGUUUCUCUCUCCUCCCUCUCUCUCUCUCUAACUUAAGCUUCCCAUCUCCCUUUCUUCCACCCUUCCCCACAUGGCCAAAGAUUCUUGCUUUUCCCCCAAACCCUAAACUCCAUCUCUAAUCACAAUCUCUAAAAAACCACUGCAGAAAAAUAAAAAAUAAACACGCAAGAAAAAAAGGGGGAGCAAAAUAAAAAAAAUAAAAAAAAGCCUUCCUUAAAAUCACUGUUAAAUUUUUUUGAUGUAAUUUUGAGGUGCCAUGGAGCUAAGCAAUUCGGCAGUCAAAACCCCCGAUGCUGAAUCCGAGACUCCGACCCGGAUCCAACCCGCAAAGCCCCCGCCACCGUCGAGCAACGGGGUGCUGAAGCGCCACGCGCCGCUGCACCUCCACCACGGCCACCCGGUUGUGGUGACGUACAGGGAAUGCCUGAAGAACCACGCCGCCAGCCUCGGCGGCCACGCCGUCGACGGCUGCGGCGAGUUUAUGCCGUCCCCGGCCUCCAACCCCGCCGAUCCCACCUCCCUCAAAUGCGCCGCCUGCGGCUGCCACCGGAAUUUCCACCGCCGCGAGCCCGAGGAGCCGCCGCCGCCGCCGCUGCCCGCCCUCGAGUACCGCCCCCACCACCGCCAUCACCCUCCCCCUCCCCCGCCGCCGCGCCUCAACAGCGCCAGCCCGGAUAAUUCGCCGUCGCCGCCGCCGAUCUCCUCCUCCUUCUACCCCUCAGCGCCGCACAUGCUGCUGGCGCUGAGCCACGGCCUGUCCGACGGCGGCGCUCUCGUUAACGCCUCUUCGCCGCCGCUGAUGAGCUCCGGCAGCCGCAAACGGUACCGCACCAAAUUCACCCAAAAUCAGAAGGAGAAAAUGCUGGAAUUCGCAGAGAGAGUUGGGUGGAAAAUGCAGAGGAAAGAUGAAAAUUUGAUCAACGAAUUUUGCAGCGAAGCUGGAUUAGAGAGAGGGGUUUUGAAAGUGUGGAUGCAUAACAACAAGAACACUCUCGCUAAGAAGGAUCAUCAAUCUAACACCGCCGCCGCCGCCGCCGAAGAAAGUGACAGCAAAGAAAAUGUUCAGUUGCAAGAGCUGCGCCACCACCACCAUGAUAACAACACUAUUCUUGGUACUAAUGGAUCGUCUUCUUCUUGAAUCUUUUCCUUCCAAAUUAAGGGUUAAUUAAAAUAAUGUUUUAGAUAGAUGAGCAAAGGAAUUUCGGCUGCAAUUUCUUAGUUUAAUUCCUAAUUCUGCUUGUUAGAUUCUUACCUUUGUUGAUUAAUCUUUAUUUUGCGUACCUAUUACUAUCAUUAGCCUUGAUCGAACUUGUGGUUAAUUACUAAAUAUUUGUUUAUUUAUCAUUUAUCUAAA